CAUUACGUCAGUUUGUAACAAGUUUUAUCAUCUACCAAAAAAUGGAAAAUUAUAAGUGGUACAACAUAAAUAAUGUAUAAAUUUUGAUUCUGCAAAUUCUAUGCCAUGGGCAUAAGAUGGCAGUAUCAACAAAACUAUUCAAGGGCUUUCGUCCAAUUGCGCCGCUGUUUGCUACACUGGCAAAUCAUUACCUUCCAUUAAGCAAGGCGUAUUUGACUUCACAAUCGUUCUCAUGUGGCACGUGUUACUUUAAACAUGAGUUACCGAAGUACUUUCGUCAUUUAGAACCUCCAAGAGGAUUAAAUAAUUAUCCUAAUUUAUUUUUGUCAUCCAACAAUGCGUUAAGCUUUUUUAAAGGUCUUGCAAAACCUUUUACUUUUAAAAGAAAAGAUAAAGGACCGAAGAAGCAAAAGAAACGUGUUCCUAAACUGAUAUUGCUACAAAAUCCACUUACAUGGCUUAUGAUUAAAAUUGAUUUUGGUGUAUUAAAGAAUAUUUGGGAUUCAACGUUUGAAGAAAAAGAAUUCAAAUACGGAACGAAACAAGCAAUAUCCCGAGUAACACAUGCUAUAAGUGAGGGUCAAUAUACGGAACUAAAUGGUUUGUUGACAAAAGCUGCACGAUUAAGCUUAAUGCGUGAAUUGGAUCGUAAUUGGAGCGAUAAGCAGAGGUCAUUAUUAGCUCUUAAUCUAGAAGAUAUUCAAAUUUCAUCAGCGAGAAAAGUAUACUUCAUAAGAAUUGCGGAUAAAAAAUUCUGUGACGUGGACAUGGCAUUCCUAGCUCUAAAGUGGGCACCAAUUAAUAACAUAGAAGCAUUGAUAUUCACUGAAAUAUUUGCUAGGUUUCAUAGAGAGUAUACUCCGCAUUGUAUUCCUGAAUGGACUAUUGCAUACUUUAAAGUUACUCGUUUUGAAGUUUUACGUCGGUAGCAUUAAAAUUAAUAUGUAGGUAGGUACAUUGAUCGUUUCAAACUUAACUAAUAAAUCAUAUUUUUGUAUUUUUUAUAGGAAUAUAUUAUGCCACAAUUUUUUUGACGAUGCAUUAAAAAUAAAAACGUGAGUAUAAGUAAUA